AUGGACAGGCAAAUUGAGUGGAUCGUGUGGAUAGAGCAUCCCCUGUUUGAACCCAUUGAUACAGAUGAUAGCGGCAUUUCAAACACUGCUGUAACCUUUGUUUUCCUGUUCCUCAUCACCUUGUUCUACAGCAUAGUAAAACGUGUCACUGCACCCACUAUUGCUCUGCUGAGUAAAGAGGAAGGUGAUAGCAUCGUGUUGCAGUGCCAGUUGAAGGAUUAUUACCCAGACAAACUUACUGUACAAUGGCUUAGUGGGGAUCAGCUUGUCAGUGCUGCUAAAAAUAAAAUGUUGCAGACCACUGAUAAAGUGGAGAAAACCUUUACUUACAUAAGUCAAAUAUCUAUCGAUGCUAAAUAUGAAGACAAAAAUUACACUUGUAAAGCCAGCCAUAACUCUAAAGAGUUCAAGCGAGAAUACAGUAUGUGCUUGGCAAAGUCUGUGUUCAAACCUUCAGUCCAAGUAAAGAGAGCCCAUCUCAGAGACAUUUUGAAGGAGAACGAAGUCAAAAUUUCUUGUAUUGUUGAAGCGCCACACAACACUGAAGUGUUAUGGUUGGUAGACAACAGAAAAAAAGCCACCAGGGCUUCCAAAGACCUUCUCAAUAAUAUUGUGAGCAACUUGACUUUGUCCAGAGCCGAGUGGUUGAAACUGAAGACCCUUGUUUGUACUGCUAAUCAUCCAUGUUUCCCAGAAGAGAGCGCUAAAAUUCAAGUUGCUGAUAUGGAGAAGAAUCCUGUAGUGGUGAUCAGGAGGACUUUCAAGAAAUCAGCUCAGUCGGGCACUGCUUUACUGGAGUGUGUUGUAAAAGAUCUCCCCUCUGGUGAGGUCUGCAUCAACUUCCAGGCCAACCAAGCUGAUAUCUCAGAUUUCACUUGUGUGGACUGGGUCCCUUCUGAAAACCUUUGGUCCCUGACCACACAUUUUACAAUCCCUAGUGAGCACCAGAAGAAAGGAAACAGAUUUACCUGCACAGUUCACAGACUCUUCAAAAGCUUUGCAUCAGAACCUGCUGGAAACUUUUUUGAUGAUCCUACCAUAGAGCUUGUUGUUGUUCCCAGUGUGGGUCCAUUCAGAUUGAGUUCAGAUCCACAAAGGCUGCUGUGUUCUGGAAAAGGAUUCGACCUGAAGAUCAAGUGGUUUUCAGAAUCCAUGGAGAAAAAUGGCACCGCUUUAGAUGUCUCAAUGAUGGAAAAUGGCUAUGUGAAAGUGUACAGUGAGAUAUUGGUGCCGCAGCAAGAGUGGGAUAAAGGGGUCACUUACACCUGUCAAAUUGUUGAUGAAAACAGUGGGAACACUACUGAAAUAAACACCAGUAUUUGUGCAGCAAAGUCUAUGUUCAAACCUUCAGUCCAAGUAAAGAGAGCCCAUCUCAGAGACAUUUUGAAGGAGAACGAAGUCAAAAUUUCUUGUAUUGUUGAAGCGCCACACAACACUGAAGUGUUAUGGUUGGUAGACAACAGAGAAAAAGCCACCAGGGCUUCCAAAGACCUUCUCAAUAAAAUUGUGAGCAACUUGACUUUGUCCAGAGCCGAGUGGUUGAAACUGAAGACCCUUGUUUGUACUGCUAAUCAUCCAUGUUUCCCAGAAGAGAGCGCUAAAAUUCAAGUUGCUGAUAUGGAGAAGAAUCCUGUAGUGGUGAUCAGGAGGACUUUCAAGAAAUCAGCUCAGUCGGGCACUGCUUUACUGGAGUGUGUUGUAAAAGAUCUCCCCUCUGGUGAGGUCUGCAUCAACUUCCAGGCCAACCAAGCUGAUAUCUCAGAUUUCACUUGUGUGGACUGGGUCCCUUCUGAAAACCUUUGGUCCCUGACCACACAUUUUACAAUCCCUAAUGAUCCUACCAUAGAGCUUGUUGUUGUUCCCAGUGUGGGUCCAUUCAGAUUGAGUUCAGAUCCACAAAGGCUGCUGUGUUCUGGAAAAGGAUUCGACCUGAAGAUCAAGUGGUUUUCAGAAUCUGUGGAGAAAAAUGGCACAGCUUUAGAUGUCUCAAUGAUGGAAAAUGGCUAUGUGAAAGUGUACAGUGAGAUAUUGGUGCCGCAGCAAGAGUGGGAUAAAGGGGUCACUUACACCUGUCAAAUUGUUGAUGAAAACAGUGGGAAAACUACUGAAAGAAACACCAGUAUUUGUGCAGCUGAUAUGGAGAAGAAUCCUGUAGUGGUGAUCAGGAGGACUUUCAAGAAAUCAGCUCAGUCGGGCACUGCUUUACUGGAGUGUGUUGUAAAAGAUCUCCCCUCUGGUGAGGUCUGCAUCAACUUCCAGGCCAACCAAGCUGAUAUCUCAGAUUUCACUUGUGUGGACUGGUUCCCCUUAGAUGAUCCUACCAUAGAGCUUGUUGUUGUUCCCAGUGUGGGUCCAUUCAGAUUGAGUUCAGAUCCACAAAGGCUGCUGUGUUCUGGAAAAGGAUUCGACCUGAAGAUCAAGUGGUUUUCAGAAUCCAUGGAGAAAAAUGGCACAGCUUUAGAUGUCUCAAUGAUGGAAAAUGGCUAUGUGAAAGUGUACAGUGAGAUAUUGGUGCCGCAGCAAGAGUGGGAUAAAGGGGUCACUUACACCUGUCAAAUUGUUGAUGAAAACAGUGGGAAAACUACUGAAAGAAACACCAGUAUUUGUGCAGGUAAACACACCAUAUGUGACACAGCAUCAUCAUUCUAUGAAUCUAACUUUAUUCAUUUCACAAUUACAGCAAAGUCUGUGUUCAAACCUUCAGUCCAAGUAAAGAGAGCCCAUCUCAGAGACAUUUUGAAGGAGAACGAAGUCAAAAUUUCUUGUAUUGUUGAAGCGCCACACAACACUGAAGUGUUAUGGUUGGUAGACAACAGAGAAAAAGCCACCAGGGCUUCCAAAGACCUUCUCAAUAAAAUUGUGAGCAACUUGACUUUGUCCAGAGCCGAGUGGUUGAAACUGAAGACCCUUGUUUGUACUGCUAAUCAUCCAUGUUUCCCAGAAGAGAGCGCUAAAAUUCAAGUUGCUGAUAUGGAGAAGAAUCCUGUAGUGGUGAUCAGGAGGACUUUCAAGAAAUCAGCUCAGUCGGGCACUGCUUUACUGGAGUGUGUUGUAAAAGAUCUCCCCUCUGGUGAGGUCUGCAUCAACUUCCAGGCCAACCAAGCUGAUAUCUCAGAUUUCACUUGUGUGGACUGGGUCCCUUCUGAAAACCUUUGGUCCCUGACCACACAUUUUACAAUCCCUAGUGAGCACCAGAAGAAAGGAAACAGAUUUACCUGCACAGUUCACAGACUCUUCAAAAGCUUUGCAUCAGAACCUGCUGGAAACUUUUUUGAUGAUCCUACCAUAGAGCUUGUUGUUGUUCCCAGUGUGGGUCCAUUCAGAUUGAGUUCAGAUCCACAAAGGCUGCUGUGUUCUGGAAAAGGAUUCGACCUGAAGAUCAAGUGGUUUUCAGAAUCUGUGGAGAAAAAUGGCACAGCUUUAGAUGUCUCAAUGAUGGAAAAUGGCUAUGUGAAAGUGUACAGUGAGAUAUUGGUGCCGCAGCAAGAGUGGGAUAAAGGGGUCACUUACACCUGUCAAAUUGUUGAUGAAAACAGUGGGAAAACUACUGAAAGAAACACCAGUAUUUGUGCAGUGAUUGCACCUUCCAGUCUGCAGACAGCGGUCUACCUGCAUGGUCCUUUAAAUCAUGUGAGAUAUGGCACAGCUCUGAAUUUGACCUGUUUGGUUGUUGGCCAGAAUGUCAAGUAUUUCUCCCUCCAAUGGAAACGAAAUGGAAUCUCUCUUAAUCCAAAUAGCUUUGACCAAACACCUAUAGAUCACGCCAAUGGCACUCAAAGCAAGAAAAGUGUUUUGGAGGUUACAUUUGAAACAUGGAAGACAUAUGCUGUCUUUACCUGUGAGGUAAAGCAUUUGUGCUCUAACGUCACACAGCAGGAGAACAUCUCAAAAAACAGAGACCCCAAACAACCCACUGUGAGGAUCCUCAGACCCUCAGACAGCGAUCUCUCUGGACAAAAUACAAGCCUUCUUUGCUUCAUCACCGGUUUCUUCCCAUCUGAUAUCUCCGUGCAGUGGCAACUAAAUGGGACGCAAUUCAAUGAGUCUCACUUCACUAACAGUCCUGUGGUUGCUCACACUUCAGGAGGUUUUUCAAUGCAUAGUGCCCUAAUAUUGCCUGCAUCACAGUGGAGAGAAGGCGUGUACUCUUGCAUUGUUUAUCAUGAGUCAUCCCAAAGUCCAUUUAUCGCAAAUUUGGAGAACUUGUACGCCUCUUUGAUCCACUCUGCUCCAUCUGCAAAGCUGCUGCAGGGUGCUAGUGAGCUGGUGUGUCUGGCGUAUGGUUUCAGUCCUCCUGUAAUCAACAUCACCUGGCUGCUUGGAAUGAAUGAGGUGUCUGCCCACAAUGACACCAACCCCGCAAAAGGCCCUGAUGGCAAAUUUAGCAUCCGAAGUCACCUGCAACUCCUGCCUUCAGAUUGGGCACCUGGUGAAGUGUACACAUGCAGGGUCACUCAUGAAACUGGUACCCAGUUGCUUAACAUUUCCAAAAAAUCAGCAUUAUUUGAAGAGGCUAUAUUUAUGAAUGAGAACAAACCCGAAUCUAUUGUGCAGGAUACCGUUGAAGAGAUCUGGAAUAUGGCCUGUGCCUUUCUCGCCCUCUUCCUCCUCUCUCUUCUCUAUGGGUGCACAGUGACAUUGGUCAAAAUGAAGCCUAAAUGAGCAACAUUUGGUGUGUGUGUGUCUGUGUUUUCCUGGCUUCUGGCU